CUGCUGCUUGCGCGCGGGCAUCUGUGGGGACCGCAAUAGUCGGCCGCAUUCCACGCGGGGGCCCGCUUUGCAAAGAGAAAAUAAAUACAUUUGUGGCAAAAUAGCAAAGUAAAACACGCAAAAAAAAAAGAACGCCGAUCCACCUGCAGUUAUUUCACAGCGAAACAUUAACGCGUGUUGGUGGUGUUGGGUUGGGUUGGUUGGGGGGGGGAGAAAAAAAAAGCAAGUUUAAAGACAUUUAAUUGGCAAUUGAUUACAAUCGGCUUAAACGUCAACCACCGCCUCUGUGCCGUCAACUCCCGCGUCUAAGAAUAACACUAAAAGGUUGGGGCCGCGUCCUGGGAGCGACGCCGUGAGCCACCCGUACUCAAUGAUCGCUCUGAGCCAUGUCCGAGCGUGCGGGGCAGAGCGCAAAGGGAAAGGACGGCAAGACCAAGUACGCAUCGCUCAGCCUCUAUAACACCUACAAGGGCAAGAGCAUCGAGACCCACAAGACUACCAUCGCUACGAGACAUGGCCUGCAGAGCCUGGGGAAGGUGGCCACGGCGAGGCGCAUGCCACCCCCUGCCAACCUGCCGAGCCUGAAGGCGGAGAACAAAGGCAACGACCCCAACGUGACGCUGGUGCCCAAGGACGGAUCGGGAUGGGCGAGCAAGCAGGAGCCUCGCGACGACAAGACGCCUCGGGCGCCGCCUCCACUGCAGCCAGAGUCGCUGCCGCCGCCGGCUACGCCGAGCUGCGCCGUCUCCUCCGCCCCCUCGCCCCCCUCGGCCAACGCCAGCGCCACCACAACUACCACCACCACCACCACAGAGAGUGCGACCUGCAAGACGAAUGUCACCUCCUGGGCUCCACCUGCUCCCAGGGGCACCAAGGUUCACGUAGAAGUAGUGGCUGCUCCGAGCCAGCGCUCGCGGCUUUCUCAGCAGGAGUUCCCCAGUCUGCAGGCGGCCGGGGAGCAGCAGCAGCAACAGCAGCAACAGCAGCAGCAACAGCAACAACAGCAGCAGCAACAGCAGCAGCAGCAGGCGGAGCAACGCGGGGAUGCUGUCCACGACGGUGCCGUGCCAGCGUACGGACCAGGGCCCAGCCUGCGCCCACAGAACGUGGCAAGCUGGCGGGAGGGCGGAGGGCGCAUCGCAAGCGCAGCUGCAGCGUCGGCUGGAGGAAACGCAGCGGCGGCGGCGGCAUCAUCAUCAUCGUCGUCGGCAGCCGGCGCCGGCUCGGCGGGGUCCGUAGGCGCUGGCGUCCCCCCUGGCGCCAGCCUCGGCGACCCCGAGCCCCCCAGAGGCGCAAACGGCGUCGGCCCCCGAGGGGGAGGGGUGCCGGGGGGGGUGGGGGCGGGGGGGGCGCCGGCGCACGAGACGAGCAGCCCGGGACUGCUGGCGACGCCGCAGAUGAUGGCGCCCGGUUCCUCCUCUUCCUCCUCUUCAGCUGCUGCUGGCGCCGUCGGCAAUGCGUUCUCGCCGGCGCCCUUCCGUGGCCCGGGGGGGCCUCCUUUUAUGGGGUACCCCUCGGGGUCUCUGCGAGGGAUGGCAUUCGCCCCGGCUUUUGGUCCCACGAAAUUCCGCUUCCCGUUCACGCCGGCUGAGGCGGCCAAGUUUGCCCAGGGAGCUGGCCGCGCCGUACCACGCGGCCCAGGCUUGGUGGGAGGCCUGUCCGUGAUCACGGCGUCUUCGGCAGCCGCGGCCUUGUCGUCGGGCGGCGGCGCCACGCCGCCAGCGGGCGGCGAGCAACCGCUGGAGCGUCCCUGCAUCGUCAACGUCAACGACCUGAAGGAGUUCGACACGCUAGAAAGCGAGGCCGACGACGGAUGGGCCGGCGUUCAGGACGAGGUGGACUACUCGGAGAAGCUCAACUUCAGUGACGACGACGAACCCAACGGCUCCAAGGAGAAGAAGCUUUGGGUGGCCCAACAGCGAGCGGAUGCCUCUUCGGAGCUAUCCAUCAAGGCAUCUCCACUGAUGCAGUCUUCGCAAGCUGGGCCGUAUCAGCAGCAACAUCAGCAUCAGCAGCAGCUCCAUCACCAUCAGCAGCAGCAGCAGCUCCAUCAUCAGCAGCAGCAGCAACAGCAGCAGCAGCAGCAUCAGCAGAGCUGGAAGGUGCCCGGCCGCCCCGGCUUCGAGCGCCGUCUCGCCCCGCCGGAACUCCCCUGCCCCGUGGGGCAGCGAGUGCAGUCGCCACUCUUGGGCUCGCAGCCUGCGCCCCAUCACCUACACCAGCACCACCUUCACCAGCAGCAGCAGCAGCACCAGCAGCAGCAGCACCACCUAAUACAGCAGCAGCAGCAGCACCAACAACAGCAGCACCACCUCCACCAGCUCCACCCGCAGCAGCAGCAGCAUCCGCAGCAGCACCACCCGCACCAACAACAGCACCACCACCUCCCUCAGCAGCAGCAGCAGCUCCACCACCAGCAACAGCUGCAGCUGCCGCUGGCGCUCAUGCCGGGACGUCCCGGCCUGCAGGCGCCGUCGUCCAUGCCGCCCGCCGUCGCCGUCGUCGUUGCGGCCGCCGCCGUGGCGGCAGCGGCGGCCGCGGCGUCCGCUGCCGGCGGCGGCGGUGGCAUAGCGGGCGGGGGCAUCCUCCCCGCCCCCGGAGGAGGGGGGCCCUUGCCGGUGCCGCCACCACCGGCGCCGGGCUCGCCCGUGGCUCCCGCGCCGGGAGCCAAGGCGCCGUCGGAGGAGGCGGAGGACGAGGCGUGGCGGCAGCGCCGGCAGCAGGCGAGCGGCGGCGUGUCGGCCGCGGUGGAGCGGGCGCGGCGCCGGCGCGGGGCGGAGGAGCGGCGCAUGGAGGAGGAGCGCCUGGCUGCUUGCGCCGAGAAGCUGAAGCGCCUCGACGAGAAGAUGAUGCUGAUGACGCAGGCGACGGCGCUAGCCGGCGGAGGGCAGCAGCAGCAGGCGGCGGUGGCGGCGGCGGUGGGGACCGGGCAGGCGCGCGCCGGCUCUGCCGAACUGCGCGACGGAGGAGCCGCGGUGACGGCGCCGGCGGCGGCGGCGGCGACGGAAUUGGCGAUUCGAACUCCCCGAUCCGACUCGGAGCUCAAAGUGGCUCCCGCCGCUCCUCCUCUUCCCGCCGCCGCUGCUGCCGCUGCUGCUACAUCGUCCUCCACCACCACCACCACCUCGCCCGCCCCCCCCUCCUCUUCCUCCUCUUCCUCCUCUUCCUCCUCCACGCCCCUCCCCUCGGGCACCACCUGCUCCGCCCCGCCCCUCCCCCCGCUGAAGCCGGCUCCCGCGCUGGCGCCAAAGAAAGAAGCGGAGGCUGCGGCGGUCGGCGUCCCCGGCGGCACCGGCGGCACCGGCGCGUGCCGGAUCCGGAUCGGCGCGGAGAGCGGAGCCGGCAAUCGAAGUAUCGGAGCACACGAUCCCCCUCUGGCGCCGGCGGGCUGGAAAGAAGGCGCGGGCCGCGUGUCCCUCCCCGUCUCCACCUCCCUCUCCGCUAGCGCCACCGCCAACAUCGGCAACAACAACAGCAGCAGCAGCAGCAGCAGCAGCAGCAGCAGCAUGAGCUCCAUCAAGAACGCAGCAGCAGCAGCAGCUUCCGCGCAACCGCCACCAACCCCGACUCCGACACCGCCACCUCAGAAGCCGGCGCCGGCGGCGGCGCCAGCCCCUGUCGCUGCGCUGACGGCGGCAGCGUUGGCGCCAGCCUUGGCGCCGCAGCCGCCGCCGCCGCCACCGCCCGCGGACGAGGAGAGGGGGGCGGGGGAAUCGGUGGGGGGGGAGGGCGGCAUGGGGGGGCCGCCGAGGGAGCGGGCUGGGGCGAUGGUGGCGCAGCAAGCGGCGCCAGCGCACGCCUACUCCCGCCACUUCCAGAAGACGCUGCCGCCGAGAUUCCAGCGCCAGCAGCAGCAGGAGCAGAUGUUGAAGCACCACUGGCAGCAGCACCAGCAUCAGCAGCAACCGCAGCAACAACAGCAGCAGCAGCAGCUGUCGCACUCGGGGCUGACACCGCCACCGCAGCAGCAACAGCAGCAGCAGCAGCAACAGCAGCAGCAGCAACGGACUCAGUACCAGGGCGGGAUGGUGCCCGGGCCUCCUCUGCCAUCGCUGUCCAUCAGCUACGACCCGCGCUGGAUGAUGAUGCCCACCUACAUGGACCCGCGGAUGAUGCAGGCGGGGGGGAGGCACGGCUCCUCGUCCACGCAGGCGGCCGCAGGGAUGCAUCAUCCUUCAGCCGGCCUGCUAGCGCCAAAGCAAGCCCUGCGCCGGGAACACCCGGACGGCGCUCCUGCCUCUGCGCUGGAGUCUUAUCUCCAGCACGGCGGCGGCGGCGGCGGUGGCGUCACGUCCACCAACGCACAGCCGCUCUCUCAAGGUCACGGGGCGCCGGCAGGACUCCUGCUGCGGGAGCGAGCGACGCCCCCCGCGGACCCGCCACCCCCUCCCCGCGCCGUCUGGGGUUCGGCGGAACCGUCGGAGCCAACGCGCCGCGUCUCCCCUUCCUCCACCGCCGUCACCCCCACCUCGCCGCCACCGCAGCAGCACCAGCAGCAGCAGCAUCAUCAGCAGCAGCAGCAGCCUCCCCGCUUCCUUCAAGACUCUCGGCGUGACCUCGUGCUGGGCUCGCGCUCCGAGCAGCAGCACCAGCAGCACCACCUCUUCGACACGGACGACGUGUCCCCGCACCACCACGUCCCGGCGAUGUACCGCGACCUGUUUGAUGACGGUGGCGGCGGCGGCGGUGGCGGCAUUCGAUCGGCCCCGCGGUCUUACCGGGACAAGCAGAUGUUCCAGCAGCAGCAACAGCAGCAACAGCAACAACAGCAGCAGCAGCAGCAGCACCACUUGCCUCACUACGAGAAGCUGUACCGGCACGCCGAGCUCGCGUCGCCCGACGACUCGCCUCGCUCCCCACUGCCGCGGAGGAUCGGCGGAGAAUCGUCGUGCGGCACCAGGAAGGAAGCUGGCGGUGGCGGUGGCGGCGGAGGCGUUUCGGCAUCGCGUGGUGACGAGAGGGAGAGAGAACCCGAAGCCGGAGCCGUAGUGGGCGGAUUGGCGGCGCGGGGAGACACCCGGCAGAGGGGAGAGGGCAAGGCCAGCGCCAAGGCCGCCACUCCGCCCAGCGCCGGCAGCACCAGCGGCAGCAGCACCGCCUCUGGUGGCGCUGGCGAAUUUGCGAAGCCGCCGCACUGGAAGGACGGCAAGCUGGAGACCCGCUGGGGGCCCAAGCCGGGUUCCAGCGGCGGCGCCGCCUCCGCAGGCAACGCCAGCAGCAACUCUGCUCCGCUCCAACAGCAGCAGCAGCAGCACCAGCAGCAGCAGCACCAGCAGCAGCCUCCUCGGCGCACCGGCCCCAUCAAGAAGCCGGUGCUCAAGGACCUCAAGACGGCCGACCGGGACGACAAAUCGGCCGGCUUCUCCGACGGCAAGGCGGCGGGCGGCGACGCCGGCACGGAUGGCAAGGAGCCUGGCGCCAGGGGGGGGGCGGCGGCGGCGGGGGGGGGGCGGGAGGGACGCGCGCCCCGACCGCUCGCUCCCCCCGCCCGACGGCGGCGGCGGCAAGGACGGCGGCGCCGGCGGGGUGUUGCCAUCGAGGCCUCUGCGCCGUCGCGACCCGGCCUUUGAGCAGCGCGUCUUCCGCGGCCGCGGCGGGGCGACCGUCGGCGGCGUCGGCGGCGGGCUAGCCGCCAACCCCGGCGGCGGCGUCGGCACGAGAGUGUCGAGAGGGGGCGGCGCCGUCGGCUCGCUUGCGGCGGCGUCGCGUGGGAC